AUGACAUGUUUUGACGCAUCAGGCAGUAAAAGUGUGAGGCGAGAUCUAACGAUUGAUAGAUCGUUCGAAAUUACCGCCGAACGAAUUUUCCUCUUUGUUGUAUUAUUGGGCAACAGUAUCGAUCUGCGUGCGGCACAUUGCUGCGGCGCGAGUCGGCCGGCCCGCCGCCUCGUGAACAUCACAGGGCAUGUAACGCUACUGAUCGGCUACCAUGACGUGAGGUGUUCCGCUAAACUCAUCAAAACACGGUGGGCCGCCGCCUCAUCAGCACAACGACGUAACCGCCUGCCGCCCGGCUCCGCGCGCUCGCCGCCGCCUGGCGAGCCGCUCCGUGCGGCGCUCAACGUUUCAGUCUGCGUUCGGCCUCCGCACACUGCGCUUGGCUCGGGCGGCGGGUGCGGCGCCAAGCGGCGCGCCGGCUCUCCGUGCGAGGGCGGCGGUAAGGUUGCGCGCUGGGAGGACUCGAUAGCGCGCCUGGAGGCGGUGGCCGCCGGCGCGGGCGGCGGCGAGUGCUGGCGCGAAGACGAGGAGCGGCGCGCGUGUCGCCGGCGCUGGUGCGGUGGCUGGUGCGGCGCGCACGACACCAUCCGCGCAGAGAACGGCAAGUCUUACCUCGAGCUGGGCGGCGCCGCCGCGCGCGCCUGCUGCGACGGCCGUGCCGCCGGCCGCUGUGCCUCGCGACGCUGCUAUCGCGAGCGACGCCUCAAAAUGAUGAACCUGUGCGCCUUGAAAUUGGCGCGAUUCCGUCAGACGGCGGACCCCUCCCUGAGACGCUCAGUUCUCGUGUGCAAUACACUGCGAGGUAUCGAGCGGGAAAUGGAACGCGAGAAUGCCGAAGAGACCCCCGCGCCCUUCGAGGCGGCCUGUGUAGCGACGGCGGCGCGAUGCGAGGUCCUGGGCGCACGGGACCCGGCCGCGGGCCGCGCCACUCCCUUCCCUGCGCCGCCGCCGCCAGAUCGCGACUCGGGUUACGGCGACGAGGAGCCGCGAUCCAUCAACUGGGGCUCGGUACUGAGCCUGUCGUCGCGCUCGGCGCUCGACCCCCCCGAGGACGCGUGGCCCGACGACUGGGGCUGGAGCGAGGACAGUUUCGUGCGCCUGCUGGUGCCGACGAGUUAG